AUGACCAAAGAGGUGUCUGCUGCCUACAGACCCUCCUUCUCAUCUUCAGUCAGCGAGGAAGUCAGCCCCUCGACGGCGCCCGCCGGCCUCGCCCUGGACGGGCAGCGCCAGAGGCGGCGAGUCACGUCUCAGCGCUGCUCCCUUGAGUUUCUGGAAGAUGCAGUGGGAUGUGCCUCGGUUCAGAGGACCAAACACGCAUCUGGAUCACCAAGACACAAAGGGCUGAAGAAGACCCACUUCAUCAAGAACAUGAGGCAGUAUGACACCAGGAACAGCAGGAUCGUGCUCAUCUGUGCCAAGCGGUCCCUGUGUGCAGCCUUCUCAGUCCUGCCCUAUGGAGAAGGCCUGCGGAUCAGUGACCUGAGGGUGGACAGCCAGAAGCAGAGGCAUCCGUCUGGCGGUGUUUCCGUUUCUUCUGAGAUGGUGUUUGAGUUGGAAGGUGUUGAACUGGGAGCAGACGGAAAGGUUGUCUCUUAUGCAAAGUUCCUGUACCCUACCAACGCCCUGGUCGCACCCAAGAGUGACAGCCACGGCCCGUUGCCCCAGCCUCGGCCGAGCAUCCCCCGGGCUCUGCCAGGGUCAAGACAUAAACCUGCCACUGCCAAGUCGGCACCAGCUGGCACAGAGCUAGGGAGUGACGUGGGAGAUACCCUGGAGUAUAAUCCCAACCUCCUGGACGACCCGCAGUGGCCCUGUGGAAAGCACAAGCGGGUCCUCAUCUUUGCCUCAUACAUGACCACAGUGAUAGAGUACGUGAAGCCCUCAGACCUCAAGAAGGACAUGAACGAGACCUUUAAGGAGAAGUUCCCUCACAUCAAACUGACAUUAAGCAAAAUCCGGAGUUUGAAGCGGGAGAUGCGGAACCUGUCGGAGGAGUGCAGCCUGGAGCCAGGCACUGUGUCCAUGGCUUACGUGUACUUUGAGAAGCUUGUGCUGCAGGGCAAGCUCAACAAGCAGAACCGCAAGCUGUGUGCUGGCGCCUGUGUGCUGCUUGCAGCCAAGAUCAGCAGUGACCUCCGCAAGAACGAAGUGAAGCAGCUCAUUGAUAAGCUGGAAGAAAGAUUCCGGUUCAACAGGCGAGAUCUCAUUGGGUUUGAGUUCACGGUGCUCGUGGCUUUGGAGCUGGCCUUGUACCUCCCCGAGAACCAAGUCUUACCUCACUACAGACGGCUCACCCAGCAGCUCUAGGCCAGGCAUGGACGUGUAGGAAGGCUGCUGGGCAGAAGCACAGCCCUUGGCCCAGGCAUAGGCCAGCAGUCCGCCCACCUGCCCCCUCCCAGCCCACGCAGCUUCUCUUAUUCUGGGUUUCCUUGGAAAAGCAUGUCACUUUCAUUCCAAAGUGCACCACACCUCCAAGGAUGUUUGAGAGGUUUCCUGGAGUAUUGCACAGACAGUAUGGGGGUGUGGCGCUUCUCAUGUGCCUGAGAUGGGCCUGACACCAGAACCUGUGGUUUACAACCAUCACAUGGAGGUGAAUCCAAGUUCUGGCCUCUCCUUCACCUUGCCUUGCCAACUCUCACAGCCACAGCACUGGAGAUCUGCAUGUCAGACCUCAUGACAUACCUGAAUUGCCAUGUCUAACUUAUUAAGCAUACAUCUUGGGUAUAACGUUUUCCCAGAGGCGCCUCCCAGCAUCCACGCCCACUGGCCACUGCUUCCUCCAGAACUCCCCAAACUUUCACAGGCAGCUCUUGGUGCUGGGCUGAGCCAAGGGCAGAUGCCUGGUCUGUUUUGAUCUUUCUUUUUGACUCAGACCUGUUUUUGAGCUUUCAUGUCACUGUGAAACCCCAGUGCUGUGUCACAUAUCCAAAGGGAUUGGCAGACCUCAGCCCAUCCCGUGCCAGGACCCACCCUGUGCCUCUUGCCGGGAACACCUAUCUAUCCAUGACACUGGACCGUGAGGAAAACCGCUGGCUCUUGAUUCCCCUAAGCAAUAUUGUGACAGUGCAAAUAUUAUUUAUUUUAACUUGGAAUUUGGUUCUGUGGGACUUUCAAGGGAACAACUGGGUUCCUUCCAUGAGGUCUGCCAAAGGUGUACCUCAGAACCAUGCUUGACCCUCAGGCAGGAAGGCAUUGCUGCUGCAGAGCCUCCUCACUCAGGAGGUCAAUGCCCUUUCUUCCUAGGCAGAAAGUAGAUGCUGUCUCGACCAGUGCAGCCUGCUGUGCCAAAGGGCCAUCGCUGUCCCUUCUGUGCAGGUGCUCAGAGCACAGGGCCAUUGUCAGCUUUUCCAGGUUCAAUAUUCUUGCAGAGGACCAUGUACUCCAGUUUCCCAGGCUGCUGCCCAAGAACACUGAGCAACCAAGAAGGCUUUUCUUGGUCUUCCCUCACAGCUCAGCUGGCCUCAAACACAGCAACUGUGGCUGUUGGGCAGAAGGCUGUCUAUCCCAUAAACUGUCACCAGCGGGGACUAAGAAUUCUGUUCAUAUGGCCUGUGUUCUUGCAGUCCACUGCUGGAGACACCCAGUUCCAUACCCACCCUAGGAAAGGUACAACACAGCUGACCACCCCAGCUGAGGAAAGGGAAUGGCUGGAGGUCACAGUCUUCUAAAAGGCCAAGGAGAGUCCAGAGACCUUUUAUCCUCCAAGACUACAGCCUGCAAACACUGGACCUGGGCCCCACCAACUCUGAAAAGCACUGAUAUUAAGGAAAUGGCUGGUAAACACGGUAGUAAAUAGGUUAGUGUAUUUAUGUCAUGAGUUUAGUCAUUGACCAAACUGGUGUGUCUGGAGCCCUUCCUUCUGUACGUCCUUUUCAACAAUGCCCAGAGCUACUGCCAUGCGGUACCCAAAGCUGCUGCAAAAAAGCCAGUACUUAAACCAAACAGCUUGAACCUGUAACUUUCUAGCCCAAGUCAAGUCUGGGCUGUGACCAAACAAAGCCAGACCUGGUGUCAUGUCCACACACCAUAGCAGUCCUGGAUGUGAAUGUGUGUACGCAAGUAUCUGACCUCAGAAUGUUCAAGUUUAUGUCACAGAUUGUUUUCAAAUGGAUAAUGUAUUUGUUUGUUGAAGUAAAACUUGGUUUUGCAACACA